UCAGGUGCAACAAAGGAUCAAAGGAAAGUAUAACACUUUGAGCAUCUUUUGACAGCUUGUUUCUAACAGCGUCAUAGAUGGAGAAAAUUCUCCUGUUGCACUUUUGCCCUGGUCUCUUUAUUCAGCUCUUAGCAAUAUAAAGGGCCACAACUCCCUUCAUUGUAAGCAGGCAAUCUUUCCUCCCACCACUUCUGAGCUGAUAGAAGUUUGAGAAUACAGCUAUACAAGAUGGCCAAGAUGAUAGCUGCUGUCAUUGUCUGCGUGUUAGUUUUAGCCCUGGAUAUCACUGCUGGCAUACUAGGACUUCAGGCCCAGGCUGCACAAAACAAGACUAAAAAGGUGACAGUGCUCUUCAUCCAAUGCGAGAAACCUGUGUAUAAAGCAUACCAGCUAGGGCUCGCGGCAGCAGUGUUCCUGGUAGUUGCUCAUGCAGUGGCCAACUUUCUCGGUGGCUGUGCCUGUAUCUGCUCUCAGCUGGAGUUCAUCCGGGCAUCCAUCAACAGGAAACUCGCAGCAACUCUUAUAAUUCUCUCAUGGAUUGCUCUCAUCGUCGGCUUCUCGUUACUGCUUGCUGGGGCCAUGUCCAAUUCCAAGUCGAAGACAUCAUGCGGGUUCGUGCACGGCAAGACCCUGGGCCUGGGAGGGAUCAUGUGCUUCGUCCAUGCCGGGAUCACAGUCGCCUACUAUGUCACCGCCACCGCAGCGGCACACGAAAUUCAUUAGGCCAGUAGGCAUCGUGCGUGCCAUGCUUUUGGCCAGGAGACUACGGUCUGAUACUUUCUCCCAGGAGAUAACCAUUCUUUCCUUGAUUGCUUUUGUUGUUCCGUAUCUUUCAGUUUGUGGUUCGGCCCUUUACCUUUAUAUAUACAACUCAUGGAAGCAUCAGGCUCCGGCUUGUAUCAAAGUUGCGCAAAAAGGAAUAUGAUUGUGGUUUGAUUGAUGCAUCA